CUUAGUUUCAAUUUCUUCAUUGACUAAAUUACUGUUUUUGGUUUUUUAUUUUUUAUUUAUUUAUUUUUAUUUUUUAACUGUCAUUCAAAAGAAUCGAACAUUAAAGAUGGCAUUUAGAUUCAACUUUACAAAUGAAGAAUUAGAUAUUGAAGAUACUGAAGAAAAUCAACAAUUAGAAUCAAGUCUUCACGAUUUGAGCAUCGAUGAAGAACAAUUAAAUAAAAUUCCUAGUCAAGAAUAUGACAUUCUCUCUUCACCUUUACCUAGUGUUAUUCAAGCAGAUAUCAUCAACAUACCUAACGUUAAUAUUCCACUUUAUAAACGUACCUUAGCCGAUGUACAGUUUCAAAUGGCUCAACAAGAUCAAAUUAUUGAAAACCAAGACGAUAACACAGAAAAGGAAGUGUUAGACAUGUUAAAUUUGACAGGCAAUACAGAUUUGAUUCGUGGUGUUUAUGAAGGAGGAUUUAAAACUUGGGAAUGUUCUGUUGAUCUUGUUCAAUUUUUAUCCAGCUUGUCAGAAGAUCAAAUUACUCAUAAACGUGUCUUAGAACUUGGUUGUGGAUCUUCUCUUCCUUCACUUUUUCUUUUAUCACAUAGUCAAACAAAUCGAGUCGAUGUUCAAGAUUAUAAUAGUCAAGUGAUUCGCUAUAUUACGAUACCAAAUAUUCUUUUAAAUACUGUUUUAAGUGUUCAAGAACCAACAAUCAAUAACGAAGAGAUGGAAGAGGAAGACGAUGAUGAAGACGACAACGAAAAUAAUGUUGAAGAGGAAGAAGAAGAAGAUAAACGUAUCGAAGAAGAUCCUAUUACUUGCGAUGCAGAAGCUGAGAUUCAACCAGAGAAAAUCCCAACCAUGUUAAAGCAAGUCCAUUCUCGUACAAGAGCAUUUGUGGGUGACUGGAGUUCUUUACCUGAUCAAUUAAAUGUCGAUCAAGAAAAGUAUGAUAUGAUUGUCACAUCUGAAACGAUCUAUGCUGAACAUGCUUUACCUGAUUUAAUUCAGGUUAUUCAAAAAGCCUUAAAGAAGCCUAACGGUAUUUGGUAAAAUAGAAGAUGAUAAUAAUGACUUUAUAAAUUGCACUCAAUCUUAUUAUUAUUAUUAUUAAUAGCUAUGUUGCUGCAAAGACAGUUUAUUUCGGUGUUGGAGGUGGUAUUUUACCCUUUUGUGAUUUAUUAAGUAAAACUCAAGACGAAGAUGGAGAUAAAAUGAAGUUUGAAAAAGUGUUUGAAAGUUCAAGUACUGUAAAAAGAGAAAUCCUUAAAGUUACUUGGGAUUUGUAAAUUCAUACUGUAAUAUAAGAUCGUCUUUAAGCAACAAGUAUUUAAGAGAAAAUAAAAUAAAAUAAAAAAUAAAAAGAAUCCUUAGAAUGUCUGGAAAUGUGUUACAAUGCAACUACUUUUUCUUUUCUCUCUCUUGGCAAUGAAAAUAGGUAGUCGCAACAGUAAAAAAUAUC